AAAGAAACUACCGUGAUGUCUGCAGAUUCGAGAUCUAGUACGGAAGAAACCUCGCCUCCAAUGGAAGAGAUACGCCAUAUAAGAUCGAAAUAUCAGCAAUCACCUGAAGCUACAGAUGAUCUCCAUCAUGUACAAAGCCAUUACUCAAAUCAUGACAUGCCCGCUACAACUGAUGAAUUUCACGAGGUUGAUGCCGAUCAAUAUCUUCGAUUCUCGCCGGCACAAAAGAGGCUUAUCGUCGCUGUAUUGUCAUUCUGCUCAUUCCUGGCUCCCAUCUCUUCAACUUCUAUUUUAUCAGCUAUACCAGAAGUGGCAGAGACCUUUCAAACCACUGGAAGUAUAAUCAAUGCAAGCAACGCUCUCUAUCUGGCAUUUAUGGGUAUUGCGGCUCCAUUCUGGGGCCCGUUUAGUCAAGUAUGGGGACGCAGACCGAUCUUCUUGACGAGUGCCUUUCUCUUCUUUUGUUUCAGCAUCGGCACAGCGCUAUCGCCGAAUCUUCCAGCAUACUUCAUUUUCCGUAUUCUCACGGCCUUCCAAGGAACAUCAUUCUUGGUGGUAGGUAGCUCUGCCAUAGGUGAUGUCUAUGAACCGAGAGCUCGCGGAACAGCACUAGCAUCGUUCUUAUCCGGCACUCUCGUCGGGCCAGCCUUGGGCCCCUUCAUCGGUGGAGUGAUUGUUAACUUCCGCUCAUGGCGAGUAAUUUUCUGGCUUCAAAGCGCACUAGGCGGCGUAGGCACGAUCCUAGUAUUCUUUCUUUUCCCAGAAACGUUUCCAAAUCUGGACAAGUCGGAACGUAUCCAGGAAACAAAGAGACAGAAAGCAAAGUUCCUCUGGGCUAGAAUCAACCCAUUCCGCGUCGGUAUUCUCCUCCUUUCAAACCCAAACCUCUCCUUCGCAGGUCUUGCAGCUGGCGCCCUGGUCUGGAACCAAUACUCGUUGCUCACGCCUAUUCGGUACGUGCUCAAUCCACGAUUCCACCUCACUAGUCCCAUCCUCUCGGGUCUGUUCUACAUCGCACCAGGAUGCGGAUAUCUCGUGGGCACAUUCAUGGGCGGGCGUUGGGCAGACCACACUGUUAAGAAAUGGAUCCGUAAGCGUGGUGGCGUGCGCAUACCUGAGGAUAGACUGAAGUCGUGUCUAGUCUUUCUCGGAAUCGCUAUUCCGGGAUGUGUCCUCGUUUAUGGAUGGACGGUCGAGAAAGCCGUUGGUGGUAUCCCAGUCCCUGUGCUCGCUAUGUUCUUGCAGGGUGUGGCCCAGCUCUUCUGCUUCCCCAGUCUGAAUACUUAUUGUCUGGAUGUCAUGCAAGCCAAAGGCCGCAGUGCUGAAGUUGUUGCUGGAAACUAUAUGUGCCGAUAUUUCUUUGCUGCCCUUGGAUCCGGUGUUGUACUUCCCGCCAUAGAGGUUAUCGGUGUGGGUUGGUUCAGUACUUUGAGUGCAUUCUUCUUGAUUGUUUCUGGAAUUUGCGUUUGGGCUACUACUAUCUUUGGAAGUGCUUGGCGUGAGAAGGUUGAUGCUAAGGACCAGCGCAAGGAGACAGAAAAGACCCAGGAGAUUCCUGCUCCAUUGAAUAGCGAGAAAAGCGAGGUUUAA